CUCAUAAAAAUGCCGGCAGACUCACCUGAUGCUCCACACUGCAUCCGACGCGCAGAGGAGGACGAGGAGAGGAACCUGUGAAGCGCAUGGCACGACAGUCAGACACGGUGGAAGUAAAAUUCAGAGCUGUAAAAGAAGUUCCGACACUCACCUCACUGAGACGCCCCACAAGUCCGGUUGCUCGCCCCGGUCUGUGCGUAAAAGCGCACAGCCAAACCAAGACUGUACGCGCUCCGAGGAUUCCCUCCCUCUCCUUCCUGCAGUCCUCCACAGAGGGUGGGUGGUUUGAAACUUGCCCGUCGGCCGGCUUGUGACUUUCACGCCGUUCUGCUGAGUUGUGGCGGGUCCGACUUAGAGCCCCGGGUCACCCAUGAGGCUAGAGGCCGCAGCCAGGAUGGAUCUGUUCAGGAAGCUGUGGAAGGCGAGGAAACUGAUCGUCGUUGUGUUCAUUCCACUGUCCCUGCUUCCCUUACCGCUCAUCCACCCCACCAGCGAGGCCUGCUGUGCGUACGUGCUGAUGGUGACAGCAGUCUACUGGGUGUCGGAAGCUGUUCCCCUGGGGGCUGCUGCUCUGGUACCUGCUUUCCUCUAUCCACUCUUUGGGGUGCUUAAAUCCAGCGAGGUGGCAGCAGAAUAUUGUAAGGACACAACUCUGCUGCUGAUGGGAGUCAUCUGCCUGGCAGCCUCCAUAGAGAAGUGGAACCUGCACAAACGCAUCGCUCUACGCAUGGUGAUGAUUGCAGGGGCCAAGCCUGGCAUGUUGGUGCUGGGCUUCAUGUGCUGCACAGUGUUUCUAUCCAUGUGGCUCAGCAACACAUCCACCACAGCCAUGGUGAUGCCCAUCGCAGAGGCGGUCCUGCAGCAGCUGAUCUGCACCGGCCUGGCUGACGGCCACAACGAUUCAGAAACUGCCGAGGCACCCGAAGAUGACAGCGCUGUUUCAGACAAAGAAGAGAACCUGGACAAAAACCAGCUAGAGCUGCUCUAUCAUAACGACAGAAGUGGCUGCACUAAACAGGAGCUCUCUGCAGUGAGUGAGGUCCAGACUGGGGAGGUCAAUGGUUUGGGUCUAAGGCCAAUCCCUAACCAGGACUUCAUCAGACACACCAAUGGACACCUGCCUCAGGUUGCGAUUGAAAUCCCUAAUGUUAAGCGGGUGAAGGCCAGGAGAGACUCCCAGUAUCCCACCAAGAGGGAUCACAUGAUUUGUAAAUGCUUGUCACUCAGCAUCACGUACGCUGCAACGAUCGGCGGUCUCAUCACCAUCACCGGCACGUCGACCAACCUCAUCUUUGCAGAACAGUUUAACACUCGUUAUCCAGAUGCGAAGGUGAUAAACUUCGGCACGUGGUUCAUCUUCAGCUUCCCCAUCGCCAUCAUCAUGCUGGUCCUCACCUGGCUCUGGCUGCACUUCCUCUUCCUUGGCUGCAACUUCAGGGAAACAUGCUCACUGAGUAAGAAACGCAAAACCAGAAGAGAGAUGCUGUCAGAGAAGAGGAUUCAUGAGGAGUAUGCAAAACUGGGACCCAUCAGCUACCCAGAGGUGGUGACCGGUGUUUUCUUCAUCUUGAUGACUGUGCUGUGGUUCACCAGAGAGCCUGGAUUUGUGCCGGGCUGGACGUCCCUUUUUGAGAAGAAAGGCUACAGGACUGAUGCGACAGUGUCUGUCCUUCUGGGCUUCCUGCUCUUCCUCAUCCCCGCCAGACGACCCUUCUCCUCCUCCUCCUCCUCCUCUAGCUAUGAAAACACAGAUGAUGAUGACCCGCUGGCUCCCAUGAUCAAGUGGAAGGACUUCCAGAGGCUGAUGCCAUGGGAGAUUGUCAUCCUGGUCGGAGGAGGCUAUGCACUGGCUGCUGGUUGCAAGGUGUCAGGGCUGUCGGUGUGGAUUGGCAGACAGCUGGAGCCCAUGAGUGGUCUUCCCCCCUGGGCCGUCACCCUGCUGGCCUGCCUGCUGGUGUCGGCGGUCACAGAGUUCGCAUCCAACCCAGCAACUCUCACCGUCUUCCUGCCUAUCCUGUCAGCGCUGUCAGAGACGCUGUACAUCAACCCUCUCCACACUUUGAUCCCGUCCACCAUGUGUGUGUCAUUCGGGGUCAUGCUUCCAGUGGGGAACCCCCCCAACGCCAUUGUCUUCAGUUACGGCCACGUGCAGAUCAGCGACAUGGUGAAAGCAGGCUUCGGGGUGAACCUGAUCGGUGUAGCAGUGGUGAUGUUGGCCAUCACUACUUGGGGGGUUCCCCUCUUCAACCUGACUGAGUUUCCAGCCUGGGCGGUGGCCAGGAAUGUCACCGGGACCUUAUAACCACAGCUCAGGUGGGGCUGGUGGGAGGAAGAGAGGAUGCAUUACUGAAAGACAGAACAAAAGCAAAGAGAUGGGGCAAAGUUUCUGUGGGGAAGGACAACAUGAAAAAGCGCCAGGAGGACGGUCUUGCUCAGACUGAAUCCCUUUCUUAGACUCAUUAAAGUGGAGCUGAAGGAGGAAGAAGGUAGGAGGGAAGGAGGAGAAGACAAGCGAGAAAAACCAUACCUGUUGCUUUGAUAUAAUUAGAAUUAUAUAUUGUUUGGCCAGAAGGAAGGAAUUCUGGGUGCCUUUGGCAAAGUGGCCACUUUGUGGAGCUCUAACCUCCAGCAAACACUUCUGUUUCUUUCCUCUGUUAAUGAAGUUUGAUGGAGUUUCUAUUUCCCACUGAAGAUAUUACUAAAAAGCCACAAACGUAUUCGUGUUGAACGAUUAUUUUUGUUUUUGAUUUCUAAUAGACACAAUGAUAAGCUUUUAGAAACUGCCUGGAAGGUCUUCUCAGAUCCACAUGAUGCCUGUUUCUUCUUCUUCUGCUGUAUCGCUUUGGCUACACUGUUCAGUUUAAAAGAAAGAGCUGACUGCUCUGUUAGAGCAAGACAAAAUGUGUGAAAAGAGGCUUCCACUGUGCCUGAUCAUGUACUGUAUACAUAGGGCUACUUUUAGAUGUGUAUGAGCGGCUUCUGAACAUAUAAAAGCUUGUUUAUAUUUAGCAACAAAGCAUACAUUCGGUAAAUGGAUGUUCUUAGCUGCUUAAAAUAUCUGCCUGAUGUCUUCACCAAAGUAUCUAAAGCUGAUUUUUUGACCGUCAUACUGUGAAGAUUUUUCGCCUCGCAGCACCACUAGUGCCUUCAUCCUAUUACUGCCUGUCAAAUGACACUUUGAGCAUCACUCUCUAACCCAGACCUCCUUAAAUGAGGGUCUGCAGUAGUGUAAGUGCUUUCUCUCAGCCAUGUUCUUGUGCUUGUUACCAUUACAAUAUCAAGAAUGUAAACUGUAGGUGUAUGGCAUAGAAAGUCAGACCAUUGUGUGCUUUAUGCUUACUCGAUUUCUAAGCUUUUCUUUCCUUGUAGCUUUUCGCUCACAGUACCCACCAGUUUUGAGGGCUUCAAGCCAUUUUUGUGUGUAUUCAGCUGGGUGCUUUGGCGCUUAAGAACAAGGCUCCUGACUGCUCUCCUUAGUCAGUUUCUGUCCUCGGCUGUAGUGUCCAUAAUUAGAUUCUGGAGUCAUAAAAUCUGAGAGAAAUGUACCAGCUGAGGAUCUGAUGCCAAUAUGAUAUUUAACCGUGAAAGUUUGAUUCAGUGUUUACCAACAGGUAAUAAAAAUGUAUUAAAAUAUAAUAUAUAUAUAAAAUAUGUAUUUUUAUGGUUUAAUUUGUUACAUGAGCAUCUUAAGCAACAGGGUGGGCAUGCUUUUUUUUUUUAAUUUGUUGUCACCUGGGAGGUGAAACAUUUCUGGAAUGUGAAUGCAGAAAGAUUUGGAGGCUGCAGAGUCCCUUUAAGUUCUGAGUCAUUUGAACACAGCAUUUUUAAGAACGAGAGGCAGAGUGAGGUAGCACGGGGUUGUAUGUAUGAUACAGUAGUGUUCAAUCAGCUGUCAAAUCACAUUAACUGUUUGGUCUGGUGGUUACAAGGUUUGCACAUAACAUUAACUGUACUGUGCAAUAAUAUAAAAGAUAUGCUUUAUAUUUUUACAGAAAUUUUACAUGUAAUUUGUGGCUUUUUUUUUUUAUAUCAUUGCAUUUUAGGUUUAGGUCCUAGCGUGGGCAGAAUCAAGUGCCUUCACUUUUCUUUUAUAAUUUAUUCACUUCUGCUGAAGGUCUCUUACAUCUUGAUGGUGUUAGAGCAGUGACCUUUGAGCCAGGGGCCACACUCCUUUGUAAAUACAUACAGAUUU